GAUCGUGUAUCCCGACAAACAAAAAACCGUAUCGACCUUCGAAAAUGUUGAUGAACUUUUUAAAUAAAUUCCGAUCCCAGGUCGAUUGCGUCAAUAUUUAUGUUUAUCGGUAGUACCGACUGGUUCAGUACCACCCGAAUAUUAUGAUCCGAAUCAUUUCUAACUAACUGUACCCGCAAGUAAUUGCAGCUAUUGUUUUAUCGGGAUGAUGAAAGUGAAUCUGUUGUUUUUUCCACACCCGAAGCAGUAUGGUACUGCUCUUCAUUCGGCACCGUCAAAUGUCGUUACGAAGUGAAAGCCUAACGGCGUUUCCGUCUCUCGAUACGGACCUGCACCUAAAAAACCUGUUGGCAAGAAAGUCAUUUUAAAUGUUUACCUCUUGCCGGCGAGUUUAUUUCGACCACGACGACGAUCCAGCCGCACGAAACACCCGAAAAGGACAAUGCGAACGUGCCCCGUUCUCAUUCUCGUCGUCUGCUUUCUGCACGAGACCUGCAAUGGACAAGUGAACCAGUUCCUGAGGGCGCCGCCGAAGGUGGAGGGACCGCCGAAACUCCUCGACUCCUUCCUGCCGGCCGGCAUGCAGAUCAUGGCUCACCUCACCGAGCUGAUGAAGUACGAGGUGAGGCCGUCGCAGACGCCCUCCAAUCCGUGGACGACGACGCAGAGGCCGACGUCGUCGCACAAGCCGGCCAUUUACGCACCCGAGGUGCCACUUGGGCCGGAGGCGUACUUUUCUAGAGGAACGACGUACGAAGAGUACGUGAAAAGACUGCAAAACCCCAGCGGCUACAACUACUUCGACAGAUACAGAGGAAGGAGCCUACAACAGGACGAGAAAAGUGUAUACUUUGGUAAACCUUUCUCCAAACUUUUCGACUUGGCCAACACCCUGGAAAACGACUUCAAUCCUCGCGAUGCAGACCUCCAGGUGCAACAGUUCUCAGAAAACUACGACGACUCAGACUUCAGAUUCGAGCUGCUGCGACAGAAAAAGGUACCGCCUACCAGGGCGUACGUAACUCUGUUGUCGUUGUACGACCUCCUCAACAAAGAGAGCAAGAGGAUCGGUCUGAACAAAUACGGCGGGUACACGGACAGGGUGUUGCAGGAACUCUCCGAGUCGUCGACGGGCUCGUCCGCCUAUCAGUUGAGGUACGUGAUGAACAAAAUAGUGCAGAGGCAGGACACGAAACGGCAGGAGAUCCUUGGCAAAAUACAGAAGCUGAUAGACGAUUUGGAUCAGGAUAACAGUUACAUUAAUGACGCCCUGAGGUAUAUUCCGCCCUUGUCAUUUAAUCUGUGAUUGUUUUACGUCGUUUUUUAGUCAAUAAAUUAAGUUUUAAGGA